UCUUCGAUUCCGCUGACUGACGUCUCCGACUGUUAUACUUGACUCUUAACAGGAUUUUAAAGACAGCAUCGAACAGAAGAAACAAAGAAAAGGAGACAGAAAGAGAAAGAGGAGGAGUUUAGGUAAGAACGAAAGUAUUGCGAGGAGGAAGGAAUAUCAAUGUGAGAGCAGAGGAAAGGAAAGCGAGUGCAAGUCCGGGACAAAAAUGUCACGGGGGUUAGAAAAUCAAGGGCGACAUUCGCGCUACGAAUAUCGAGAGAGGAGGAUAAAGAAGAAGAAAAAAGAGAGAAGUCGAGUGAACACGAAGUCGCGACUGUCUGCGGACGUCCUAUAGUUUUGAGGAUAAAAAGGAGCCUCCUUCCCAAGUCACAUGACCAUGCAGUGAGGUGUCUAUUGGCCUCCAGGACAGGGCUGUCCAGGUGAGAAUUAGUAGGGGAGAGAAGAGUUGUACACGGAGGAUGGCUUCCGCCAACGAUGACAACAAGGGUGAAAAAGUGGCACGUAUUCAAAAAGAGGACUCGGAAUGGGGCGCACCAGAAGAAGUGUGUGUGAAGCAAGAGGCCUUUGAAGAAAGGAUUUCAGUUUUCAAAGAGGAGGAUUGUAAGGAGGAGAUUCCUGAAGUUAAAGUUGAGGACUCCAAAGAUUUCUCAGUUAGCCCUGAACUGCAAUACCUUGAAACUAGGAAUGUUUUCAAACAAGAGAAUUCUGAAGACUCACAUUCCAGUUUACAGCAUUGGGUCUCUAAUAUGGGACAGCUGGCUACCCAGCAGAAUUCUGUAGAACUGAAAUUGGAGUUAUCUGAGUAUGAGGAGAAAAUCGGGGAAGGAAACAGGAGAAAAGAGCAACAGUCACCUAAGAAUUUUCAGAAGAGCUACAGCUUUGCUAUGUCUUCAUUUUCUCAGACUUCUCUUCAGUGCAGUCGGCAACAGGAACAGGACAAGGAGAUAAUGAAGAAAUCACCAAGAAGGUCAGAUAAUUUGACUACAGUGUCUUUCCAGUGCAGUUCUCUCCCCACUGCCAAACAUGAACAAACAGAAGUCAUCAACACUGAUGAACAAGCACAUAAUAGAGAUGAAGAGGCCUUGUACACAAGCCGAGAGUUUGGAAAAACUUCUAACGACAAAUCUGACUGUAAAGAUAAGUCAAUUCAUGCCAAUCAGAAGCCAUAUCCCUGUUCUGAAUGUGUCAAACUAUUUCCACACAGAAAAAAUCUACUCAGACAUAAAAAAAUUCACAGUGGAAAAACGUUUCACUGCUGUCCAGAGUGUGGCAAGCAGUUCCAUGAUAACAGUGCUUUUCAACGCCACACACGUGUUCAUACUGGAGAGAAGCCAUACAGCUGUGUCGAAUGUGGUAAAGGAUUUUCUUAUAAGUGUGAUCUUCAAAAUCAUAAAAAGAUUCACACUGGAGAGAAACCUUAUUGCUGUUCGGAGUGUGGUAAAGUAUUCUCAUUUUUAGGUCAUUUUAAUGUCCACUUGAGAAUUCACAGCGGACAGAAGCCUUAUUGUUGUAGUGAAUGUGGCAAACGAUUCAUACAUAAAAGUGGCCUACAGAGACACAUUAGAAUUCACACUGCAGAGAAACCUUACUGUUAUUCAGAGUGUGGCGAACAGCUUUCGGAUGGUAGCACACUUCAGAGGCACUCACAGAUUCACACUGGAGAGAAGCCGUCUUGCUGUUCUGAGUGUGGUAAACAAUUUUCUGAUAGCAGCGCUCUUCAGAGCCACACAAGAUUUCACACUAGAGAAAAACAAACAUAUUGCUGUUCAGAAUGUGGUAGACAAUGUCAUAGUCCUAGCAGUCUCCAAAGACACAUGCGAGUUCAUACUGGAGAAAAGACCUGUUCUUGUUCUGAAUGUGGCAAACAAUUCUUUCACCGUAGUGGCCUUCAGCAGCAUACAAGAAUUCAUACCGGAGAGAAGCCAUAUUGCUGUCCUGAAUGUGGCAAACGAUUCUCUUACAGUAGCUCUCUUCGUCAGCACACACAAAUUCAUACUGGAGAGAAGCCGUACUGUUGUCCUGAAUGUGGUAAACAAUUUUCACAAAGAAGAAGCCUUAACUACCACUCAGACAUGCACACUAGAGAGAAACAAAUCCGAGCUAAACUAGCUGGUCAAAAGAACCUACCAAUACUUUGCCGGGGUGCUGAAGUAAGCGAGUCUCAUCAAAAGAAACUUCCAGUAUUUUUAGUCACCCUACCAAUAACCACUACUGUGUACGUACUGCAAGAAAAGGCAUCAUUAGGAACUGAUCAGGUGCCACAGCAAGGACUUGCUUCAACUUUACAGGAAUGACAGUUACGGUAGUGCAGUAGAGAUGUCCUGACUAGAUUGUGACAGUUCACGCACAGAACCCAGUGUUAGAAGUUCACUCUGAGAUAUUCUGAAAGAGGGUAAGUGAAUUUCACAAAAAGGUACAUUUUAGCAGCACAUAAUAAUUCAUACUGGGCAGAAACUGGGUUCAGGACAGCUCCAUGGUUUUCCUCCAUAUUUCAGCAAUUACUUAAUGGACAGUGUGACAGAUUGGGGCCACUGUUGUCCCCUUGCACCCUCAGACUAUAUGCCAGACACCAGACAAAAGUCCAAU